CUGUCAAAUUUCAAUUUUGAAAACUUUUAUCGUCGCUGAAUCUAAGUGAUCAGUGUCAAUUUUUAAUGAUGUCUGAUGCAUAAAUAUUUAUAAGUAAAAAUAAUUAUUGACUGCGAGACAAACGAAUUGUAUUAUUCAAUAUGGCAGGAUUUCAAAAUACAAACGAUUUUGCAUGGCAGCCGCCUGACAACAAUCAAAGCUAUUCUUUCAAUACUUCAAAUACUUUUGGAGAUGGUUCUCAAACUUUAGAUUUUCAGACUUUUUCUCCAGAACAGCAAAAUUUUUCAUAUGACCAAGGGCAGAGUCCUCCAGCAAAUAACAACCAAUAUUAUAAUCCAAGUUUAUAUACGCCAGCUCCAAUACCAGGAGAGACAGCACCAACUACAUCAGAGUUUGAUGAACCGCCACUUCUAGAUGAAUUAGAAAUAUACCCUGAUAGAAUAUUGGAGAAGACUUUAGCUGUUCUUAAUCCAUUUCAUGGACAGUCUAAAGCAGAUGAUGCAAACUUCUUAUUAAGAGAUACGGAUAUUGCAGGACCCAUAGCUUUUUGUCUGGCUUUGGCAGUAUGCCUAUUUCUCUCGGGCAAUAAAGCACAUUUUGGUUAUGUGUACGGUUUAUCUGUAAUGUCUGUAAUAUUAAUGUAUUUUCUAUUGUCUCUAAUGAGUCGUACUGAAGGUGUAUUUACAUUACUAAGUGUAGCAAGUGUAUUAGGCUAUUGUAUGUUACCAAUGGUAGCACUGGCUGGUCUGGGGAUAUUUAUCUCAUUGGAGGGAACAGUAGGUUUGUCAUUGUCUGGUAUAGCAGUGAUUUGGUCAGCUUUAUCAGCUAGCAGACUCUUUGUAACUAUGUCAGGAGAUGCGGAACAAAGGCCCCUUAUAGCUUAUCCAUGUGCCUUGGUUAAUGGUGUGUUUGCUUUGUUAGUAUUGUUCUAAAUUUGUCAUGUAAAUUGUUCAUUUUUAUGUCUAACAACAUUGACUCCUAUCAAAUAAAAACAAUUUUCUUUUAAAAUUUCCUAUAUACAAUUGCAAAUUAUAUUAUUUUCAUUUUUUAUCAUUGUGUUUAAUUUUUGCCUAUAAUUAUGAAUCAUGAAUAUGUAUACAUUGCUAUAUUCUGAAUACUUUUACCUUCCAAUUUUACAAUUACAGAAUAAUAUUACAACCAACUUUUGUGAAGCAUAUUGUUCCAAUAAGAAAUAAGAGAAUUCUGCUUUAUUAUAUUUAAAUGCUGUAAUACUGAUAUUACAUUAUAUUGUAAGAGAAAGAUUGGAAAUUGGUCAUAUUUUAUACAUAAAUACAUGAAAUAUAGCUC